AUGGCGUCGUCGGCAUCGUCGGUUUCGUCUGAGGAGGAUGUUUCGUUCUUCGAUGCCAUGGAGGCAGGAGAGGAAGCCAAUCGGGUGGCUGGCGCUUCUCCAAGCGAGCGUCUGCAAUUAAACACGUCAAUCCCACUUCAAGGCGCGACCGUCGCAGCGAGAAGACGACCACAGACUGUCAACGGAGACCACCUCUCCACACGGCGCAAUAGCGUGCCCAUCAUUCCACAGCACCUCCUCUCAACGGGCAAGAGAGCGACGUUGCAGCCGCGCGCCGCCAGAUCCAGCGUCGCCAACAAGGAGUCGAGGUCGACCCUUCUCCGCCCAUCGUCGCCUGUGCUACCUAUACAGCGCCCUUCCACUUCCGGCGGCGAACACCAACGUCGAGACUCAGCGCGUGAUUCACGCGGUCAUCAUGGCGGAAUAACAAACACUGCCCCGCCGCCGAGACCCACCAUUCUCACCACGCGUCGCAAGUCGUUUUCCACCAUACCUGCGCAUUCGCACGAAGAUACGCUCGCGAAGCUGGAAACCGGUUCGACAAGGAGCGAGUUUAGCAAGAUGAAUCGCUUGAAGGCAAGGAAGAAUGACGACUUGUUUCUCGAGUUGGCCAAUGAUCAGUCGGACUCUGACGGCGCGAGACCACCCAGUCGCGGCGAACGCGCGGCGAGUCGGAUGUCUCAGGGAGGCAAAAGGUAUUCGCUACCAUACCAAGAGAGGAGGCUGCCCUUUUCCAACGACAACAGGCCGAAGACGAGCGGCUAUGUGCUGGGAAACAGGGCACCUUCGCGACUAGGAACUUCAGGCUCAGAUACGCAACGUCACGCAGAACGACACAGGAAUCUAUCCAGCCGCGCAGGGUACCAAACAGAUGAUGCUGCGUCGGGUUCAGCAUUGUCGAGCUCAAAUCGACGCCAGCGCUACACAACACUUCCUGAGCAAUCUGCAAGCUCACCUGCGCGGCCUGCUGACCGUGUCAGAUCUCCAGAACUGCCGCACUACGGGAGACGAAGACCUUCGUUCGGACCUGCACCAUCAACAGCGCAAACAAAUCGAGCAGGCCAGCAGAAUGCGAAGCAACAUGAUUCCUUCAGCGAGUCGCCAGCAGAGAGUUCGGAGCCAAAGCAGUCAAACCCCGAUUCUGCAUCAGUAGACUCAGACACAGCUGACACCGUGUGGGAUGAGCUUGAUGACUUAAAAUCACGAAUCAAGAAGCUUGAGCUCACUGGCAAGAUGCCGCCUACGUCUGCCGCUGCGGUAUCAGGUGAGUCUAGCGAACGGCCCAGGACUGCGACUACGGCACCUACGACGAUCGACUCCUCGCCGAAACACGAUAAGCCGGAGAAGAAGCAGCAGUCUGAAAAUGCGCCCGAGACUCAGAUCAGCGAGUACGUCGUCGGCGGACCAAGUGUUGCGAGUAUCCACCCGACGCUACAUGGGGCGCUUGCGAAAGCGAAACCAUUGCUCAGCGGCGCGCUGUAUCGAUCUCUGGAAGCAACAGCGGCCGAUGCAUUGCAACUCGCAGCCAUGACCGGCAGCGCAGGACCGCAAGGCACGACCUUCUCCGCUGCAGCCAUCAUCAACGGUGUCACGGCAUCGGACAGGCAUGUACGCCGAAAAGCAGACACCAUGUGUCGCAACCUCACCGACUUGUGUAUUGCUCUAUGCGAAGGAAAGCAUGACGCACCAAGCGUCACUGCUUCUCCAGUCACGCUUGCCACGCCGUUAUCCAACUCGCCGUCCCUGCGCUACCCUCGCAGCAGCCUAGGUCCUACGGAUUCUCUUACAAGAGUCAAUAGCCGUCCCAUGAGUCGCCUCGAGGCUCGACGAACCAGCAUUCUGGGCUCGCAAGCAGGCAGCAUCGGCGCAAGCCCGAUCGGUGGCGACGACGUUUCUGCAUCUGAGCAGGAAACCACCCCUUCCAUCAGCAGGAAAGACGAUCAGCUGCGCAUCCCUCGUCCGCAGAGCCGUCUCCAGCGCAUCCGCCAACAGCACUACAAUAACCAGGCCUCUGACGACGACGAUCCCACCAUCCGCCCACCCUCUCGAGCCAUGACAGACAUUGGUCGUUCCAAACCUUCCGGGCCACGCGAAUACAGCACGCCCCAACGCUCGCCCAACUUACGCGACUCCCUCGUUGCUCGACGAGCGAAUGCCAGCGCUUACGAGGGCAAUCGUGAGCUGUCUCGUGUGGCUUCACUGAACUCUGAAUCUGGCCGUACAAGGCGCUUCCUGGACCCUUCAACGCCACCAGUGCUGGAAGAAGAAGACGGCGGUGAAGGGCAGGAGUACCGGGCUGUGUCGACGCAGGCUUCGCGGAGGGUCAUGUCGUUGAAUAGGCAUGCCCCUAGGAGCAGUGGGAGGGAGAGGGAAGGGAGGGUGGCAAGUCUGGCUGGGAGGAGAGCUGGGGUGGCGGUGGAGUGA